AUGUCAUCUGGUGUUAAAACAAGAGAAAUACAUGAAUUAAAUAAUCAUCAUCCAUUUUCAGUAGAGGUAUCUGAUUUUUUUAAAACUACGUCUUCCUCUUCAUCGUCAGCAUCUGCAUCCGCUCCAAACGAUUCAAUUCCAUUUUCAUUGUAUUCGAAUAACAACAAUAAUAAUGGUAUUAAUACUAAUGAUAUGAAUGAUACCAAUAACAACAACAAUAUAAUUAUUGAUGAUGUUAAUAAUAAUAAUAAUGGUAUCGUUUUGAAUUCAAACAAUAAGCAUUUAAUUAAUCAUCAUCAACAUGAUCACAACGGUGAUCAAGUUGAAAAUGGGACAACAACCAAAUUGAUUAUUAAUAAUAAUAAUAAUGAUAAUGAUGAUGAUCUCAAUAACAGCGGCGGUAGUGGUAGCAACAUGAUUGUUACCAAUAACAAUAUUAAUAAUAGUUGUAGUAAUAAUAUUACGCCAUGUUCAGCAUCAACCCUUUUGACAUCGUUGACUGCAUCUUUGCAUCCUCCAUUCCCAGUGGCACCAGAUUCACCCAAUAUGGAUCAACCAAAGAAGAGAUAUAAACAAAAUGAAUCAAACUCUCCCAUACUCUUUUCCGCGCUCUUGAAUAAUCUACACAAUCUCGAUGAUCAGCAACACCAACAACAACAACAAACCGCCAAUAAUAUUCAAAUGGCAUCACCUUUAAAACUAUCGUCCAAUCAAACAUCACCAUUUUCAUCACAAAGCAUCUUUUUGUCAUGUCUGGAUGCUCCUUUACAUAUGAAACCAAAGAUCGAUCAAAAUGAACUUGAAGUUUAUUGUGGUGACAUUACAACUAAAGAUGAAAUUAUUUUACCAUUUCUUGAAAAUGAAGAUGAACAUUUAAGAGGAUCAAACAAUGAUAUUGAUUUUACAAACAAUAUUGGUAAUACUGGUCAUUUUAUGAAUGGAUCCUCGUCAUCAUCAUCAUCGGUACCUUCACCUUCAUCUUUAUCAUCUUCUCCCAUUAUUGAUAUUCAAUGUGGUUUGAAUAAAUCCCAUUCUUCAACAUCUUCAAUGUCCACAGUUUCACCUAUUGACAAUAAUAAUAAUAAUGUUGAUGAAAGAAUGUUAAAGUUAUCUGUAGAUUUUAGUAUUAAUUGCAAUAAUAAUAAUAAUAUUGUAAAUUCUUGUUAUCAAAUGAAUAACCAUGUAAAUAUUGUCGCCAACAACAACAACAACAACAACAACAAUUGUAAUCAACAACAACAACAACAACAACAACAACAACAAAUUCAAAUUCAAAAUCAUAAUUUAAUUUAUUCUCAAGUUCAACCAAAUGUAAUGACAACAACAUCAUCUUGUGUUCCAUUUUUACAUAAUAUAUCACAACCAGAUCAAGAUGUACGAACAUCGAUUGAAAGAAAUGUACCAGAAGAUGAUGUCGAUGAGGAAGAAGAAGAGGAAGAGGAAGUUUUCAAUCCUUGGGUGUUUAUGAAACACUUGAGUAGCAUUCCUUGUCCACCUCAACGAUCGUUUAUCCUUCCACCAAAGACUCUAGACACACCAAAAAUAUCACUUGUACUCGACCUCGACGAAACAUUGGUACAUUGUAGCACCGAUCCAAUUGAGGAUCCAGAUCUCACCUUUUUAGUGACAUUUAACGCAAUCGAAUACAAAGUCUACGCUAAAAAGAGACCAUUCUUUGAAGAAUUUUUGGUAAAGGCAAGUGAAUUGUUUGAGGUUAUCAUCUUUACUGCCUCACAAGAAGUUUAUGCAAACAAAUUAUUAAAUAUGAUUGACCCAAAUAAUCAUGUAAAGUAUCGUUUAUUUAGAGAUUCUUGUGUCUAUGUUGAAGGAAACUAUUUAAAAGACCUUUCAAUACUUGGAAGAGACCUCUCACAGGUUGUCAUUGUUGACAAUUCACCUCAAUCAUUUGGAUUCCAGGUUAAUAAUGGAAUUCCAAUCGAAAGUUGGUUCGAAGAUGAAAAUGAUAAGGAAUUGAUUAGUUUAAUUACAUUCUUGGAAUCAUUGAUCAGAGUAGAUGACGUUAGACCUUUAAUAAGAGAUAAAUUUGGUGUUCAAAAAUUAAUUGAUGAAGCUUUUUAA